AUGGGUGUCCCAAAAUUCUUCAGAUGGCUCUCGGAGCGAUACCCUGCGAUAUCACAGCUUAUUGCGGAGAAUCGGAUUCCAGAGUUUGACUGCCUCUACCUCGAUAUGAACGGAAUCAUUCAUAAUUGCACUCACAAGGACUCGGACUCGCCGACCUUUCGAAUGACAGAAGAUAAGAUGUUUAUCGCCAUCUUCAACUAUAUUGAACAUCUCUUUGGAAAAAUCAAGCCAAAACGACUAUUCUUCAUGGCAAUCGACGGUGUUGCCCCCCGUGCCAAAAUGAACCAGCAGCGUGCUCGACGAUUCCGUACCGCCCUUGAUGCCGAACUUGCGAAGGAGAAGGCCAUAAAAGAAGGCGUAGAGAUGCCUAAGGAAGAUGCGUUCGACAGUAACUGCAUCACUCCGGGAACCGAGUUCAUGGCCAAACUUACGAAACAAUUGAAGUAUUUUAUCAACAAGAAAGUGUCGGAAGAUGCCGAGUGGCAAGGUGUCGAGGUGGUUCUCUCUGGCCAUGAAGUCCCUGGAGAAGGAGAGCACAAAAUCAUGGAGUAUAUUCGCCAGGCAAAGGCUCAACCGGAGUAUGACCCAAAUAUGCGUCACUGUUUGUACGGUCUAGAUGCAGACUUAAUCAUGCUGGGACUUUUGAGUCAUGACCCUCACUUCUGUCUGCUCCGAGAAGAAGUGACAUUUGGACGACAGAGUCAAAAGAAAUCUAAGGAACUUGAACACCAGAAUUUUUAUUUGCUUCACCUUUGCAUUGUUCGGGAAUAUCUGGAGCUGGAAUUCCAGGAGUUGAAAUUAGAUGGGGCGCUGCAGUUUCCCUUUGAUAUGGAACGGAUUAUAGAUGAUUUCAUCCUAAUGGCCUUCUUCGUUGGAAACGAUUUCUUACCCAACCUUCCAAACCUACACAUAAAUGAAGGCGCUUUGGCGUGGAUGUUCAAGGUUUAUAAAGAUGUUUUACCGAAGCUGGGUGGUUACGUCAAUGAACAUGGAACAAUCAACAUGGAGAGGCUGAGGACACUGUUGACAGCUUUGUCAGAUGUCGAGUUUCGAUUUUUUGAAGCUGAAUAUUCUGAUGCCAGAUGGCUCAAAUCAAAAACCCUAGAUGGCGACCAAACCCCAACAUUGCCAGAAAAGCCCAACGUGCUUACAAUAACCCCUGCACAGAAACAUAUCUUCAAUCGGAUAAAGAAAUAUGUCACCCAUCGCCCAAUGGAUGAGGCCGGACAGCCCGUGCCGCUCGAUUUAUCGCCUUCCUUACCGGCGAGAGAUCGAAAGUUCGUGGAACAGCUAGCAGAUAGCCUACACCUGAAAUGGAGCUCUGUUUUGAAUCAGCAUGAAGAACGGUUCUUGCGUGUCCAGUUACCCACAAAUGAUGACGACGAUGAUGAAGAUGAUGACGAUGAUGAAUCACAGAUUGCGAUUUUGCGUGUCUUGAAGAAAUAUGAAAAUGCAAAGGUCAAAGAGGUCACUGCUGAAGACGCCCAGAUGGCUGCCGAGAAAAAGUAUGAGAAGAAAUUCCAAGAUUGGAAGGAUAAAUACUAUAAGGGGAAAUUUGGUUGGGGUUUGGAGAAUACAGAGGAAAUGCGAAAGUUGACGGAGAAUUACGUCCAGGGCUUGCAGUGGGUCCUCUUCUAUUAUUAUCGAGGUGUUGCGUCGUGGCCAUGGUUCUACCGUUAUCAUUAUGCUCCUAUGAUCUCAGAUAUCCAUCUCGGCCUAGGAGCCGAUGUGGACUUCAAACUUGGACAACCCUUCUUCCCAUUUCAGCAAUUGAUGGGUGUCUUACCAGACCGAAGUAAGAAGAUCGUUCCCGUAGCAUUCCACGGUUUGAUGACGAGUCCCGACUCCCCCAUCAUCGACUUCUAUCCCAGGGACUUUGAACUUGAUAUGAACGGAAAAAAGAUGGAAUGGGAAGCAGUGGUGAAAAUCCCAUUCAUAGAAGAGGAGCGGCUUCUAAAGGCCAUGGCAACAAAGGAACAUUUGUUGACCCCCGAGGAGAAAGCGAGAAACACUUUUGGUGUGACGCUUAAGUUUACAUAUUCGCCUGAUGUUGAGUUUCUAUAUCCCAGUUCCCUUCCCGGUAUCUUCCCAGAUGUUUCUCGGUGUCGCUGCAUCGAAAACGUCUUUGAGUUGCCUACCAUGGAAGGGCUGGACCCAUAUGUGGGCUUGGUAGAAGGCGUGAAAAUCGGAGCGGAGGCUUUAUAUGGAUUCCCAAGCUUGCAGACCCUCCAACAGACAGGGCAGCUUGGAUUCCAUGGAGUAUGUGUAUUCCAACAGGAGAGUCGUAACGAAAGCAUGGUCGUUACUAUUUCCGACCCUGAAAUCGGAGGUAAUACUGCGGAUGCGAAAACCAAAUUAGGGAAGAGGGUACAUGUUGGAUAUCCGUUUUUACAGGAAGCAAAAGUGGUGUGUGUUUCGGAUGAACUGUUCGAUUACGUUCAAGUUGAUGGUGAAGAGCAUGUUGUGCCCAUCCCACACACUCCAACACAAAUCAGUCAAUGGAAGAAGAAGGCAGAAAAGAUUGAGUCUUAUUACAGCAAACGCCUUGGAAUGGUUAUCGGUGAUGUUGAAACGAUCGUGCGUGUGGAGAUGCUCAAGGGUCUGAAGAAGACCCCAGAUGGUGCCACGGUGAAGGAAUUUACAGAGAUCCCAGGAGUCGAAACGGAAUACGCUGCCCAGCUUAUAGUUGAUUCAGUUAUGAGUGAGGAUCUCCGUUUCAUUGAACGAGAAGCAGUUCCUAUUGAGGAAGAGUUCCCAGAGGGUGCAAGGGCAUUCUUCUUGGGCGAGUAUAACUAUGGUGCUCCGGUGCACGUUACUGGACAUGAGGAUGGGAAAUUGUCCGGUCUUCUUUCGGCAGUUAAGGGAAAAGAGCCGGAGUUCGGAAGGGAACAUGUCUUGAACGCUGAAAAGCUAUCAAAGUAUACUCCUUCGUUCGCUAUUGCGCGGAACUUGCGGCUCAGCCCUCUUACACUUGCUAAAAUCACCUCGUCUUUCUCUGUUAAUAUGGACGGAACACGAGUCAACCUUGGACUCAACCUCAAAUUCGAAGCGAAGAAGCUGAAAGUGCUUGGCUACUCGCGACGAGGAAACUCCGGGUGGGAGUUCAGUGAAAGAGCCAUUGGUCUCCUACAGGAUUACAUGAUCAAAUUUCCAGACUUCAUUGCUGGUAUCCAACGGAAACCCCAGGGCGACUUGUUUGAGCCUAGUGAUUUCUACCCUGCCGAUAUUGCAAAGGAAAAGAUCAAGGAGAUCCAGGCGUGGCUUAAAUCAAUCGAGUCAAAGAGCUUUGAGCGCGUCCCACUCGAGGCUGAACAACUUGACUCUAGCAUUGUACAGGCGAUUGAAAAGUCUGCUGAUGAAUUGUCACAAAGUCGGCCUAGCCCAGUGGCACAAAAGAUUCGAGGAGUGCCACGCAAUGCACUGUUAAAACCUGCCGAUGCAGAACACCGUCUCAACAACCAACAUUUCCAGCUUGGCGACAGAGUGCUCUAUGCACAAGAUUCCGGAAAGGUCCCAAUUGCUUCACGAGGUACCGUUGUCGGUCUGACAAGGACAUCGAGGAACUUGCUUCUUGACGUCCUGUUUGACGUCUCCUUUAUGAGUGGCACCACUCUAUCAGACAGAUGUUCGCCGUUCCGCGGCUCAACCGUCCCUUCAUCAUCAGUUCUCAAUCUCACGAGUAAACAACUGAUUGCACUAUCUCGCGCUACUGCGCAGAACAAGGAACAGGCCCGAGAACAACAAUUACCUCUCAGGGCUACUCCCCGAGCGAUGAGUGGCAUGGGACAGCUGAAAGAUGCGCCAACUCCACCACCGCUUGUGAACAGCUAUCGAGGUGCUGCAACCGGCCAACCCUCCAAUGGGGUAACGGCCCGCCGAGCCGCGGCGGUGGAAGAGGAGGCUACGUAA